AAUGAUGAGUGAAAAUAAGUCAAUUCCACAAAACUUGGAAACCGAACCUUUUGAUAGGUUAAAAGAUGAAGACCUUAGAGCCCUUUGUCAGACUGAAGAAUCAAUAAGACAGAUGAGUAAAUACAAAGACGAUUAUCAAGUAUUACAAAAUACUUUGAAGACUCUGCCCGAUAAAUAUUCAUAUGAUAUUUUAGUUCCUUUUGGGAACAAAGCUUUCAUGCCUGGUAAGUUAGUUCAUACUAACGAAAUCCUAGUCCUUUUGGGUGACAAUUGGUUUGUUGAAAAGUCUGCCAAGGAUGCGUCUCAGAUAGUUUCAAGGCGAAUGAAAGUAAUUGAAAAUCAAAUCCAAGACAUAGAAAAACAGAAACAGCUAUUAAAAUCGAGAGUAGAAAAUUUGUCAGAGGCGGAAGGUGCUUUUGAAAUCAAAGAAGCGUACGAUGAGGAGGAAGAAAAGAAAUGGAGGGAGCAACAUAGAGAGAAUGUAAGACGGAAUUAUCGAGAAGAACGCAGGAAGGAAAAAGAAGUAAGUGAAGAUGAUAAAGACGUUUGGGAUUUAUUGGACAAACUGGAACAAAAUGAACAAGAAAAGGAAGAAUUGCUUGAGGAGGGCGGUUACCUAUCUAAAGAUGAGGAAGAAAGUGACGAUAUAGGACAUAACUCGAUAACGUUCAAGCAUACUCGUCUUACCGAACAGCAGCGUCGAGAGGUGCGUACUUUAACAUUCUAUACAGUUUUAAGAUUUGCCUUUGGCGGCAUCCAUAGACAAAGAGUUGCGCAAGCACUUGCUGACGUAAACAAUAUUUACGAACGCAGUGAUGCAAUUGCAGGUCGCCGAAGCGAAUAG